AGGGUGAUUUACUUUUUUUUUUAAGAAAAGUGUUAUCUCAUUCGAAAUAAAUCACGUUGAUCGUUAUUGAUCAAAUUGCGUUUUUCUUUUAUAAGUAUUUUAUUUGAUCAGAACUAAUAACUCGCUUUGAACAUAAUUUAGAUUUACCAAACAUCAUUGAAUUUCAUCUUAGAAAAACCAUCAGAAUUUAGAGUAUGGAUUCAUCGGCGGCAACCACCGGUGGCGGCGGAAACAGCAUGAUGAUCUCGCAAUCAACCGCUGCGUCGCCUAUGGAUUCUUCUGCCACCACCGCCGCAACCUCAAUUGACGAUCCUAAGCAGAAUUUGGGUCAAGUUAUAAAUUCAGUUCAGAAAACCCUCGGCGUCCUCCACCAGCUCUACCUCACCGUCUCCUCCUAUAACGUUGCUUCCCAACUCCCUCUCCUCCAGCGCAUGAAUAACCUAGUGUUGGAAUUGGACAAUAUGACAAGAUUAGCAGAGAAGUGUAACAUUCAGGUGCCCAUGGAGGUUCUUAAUUUGAUAGAUGAUGGGAAGAAUCCUGAUGAAUUCACACGGGAUAUGUUGAACGGAUGCAUUGCCAAGAAUCAGAUACUAAAGGGAAAACAGACGCCUUCAAGGUUGGGUACCAUUUUGAUGUAAGUCGCUGGCUAAUUGUUCACUUCUACGAAGAACACAAUUGGCAGCUAAAUUGCUGUAUGAGAAAAAAGUUAUGGCUCUUGUGGUGGCAGUUUAGCAUUAUUGGCCACUGGCUGUUAUUUGACAGGGCAGCAAUUUAUUUUAUGUCCUGAAUCUUGAUGAUCGGGCAGAAACUUAUAUUCUCAUUAAAGUAUCUUUAUGAUAUCA